UGGCCGGCGGCUGGGCGGGGCGGGCGCGGGCUGGUGGACUGGUGAGGUGGCGUCGGUGGGAGCGGUCCGCCGCGGUUCGGCGUGAUGCUCGGGCCCCAGUCCGGAGCCCGGCGGCUCUGAAUGCCCGAGCCGCCCCGGGACAUCAUGGCGGAGGCCUGCGAGGCCACCCGCCCCUCGGAGGAUGAGGACGAGGAGCGGGAGCCGCUGCUGCCUCGUGUCGCUUGGGCCCAGCCGCGGAGGGGCGCGCCCGGGAGCGCCGUAAGGCUGCAGGCGGACCAGGGCGCGGCUGUCCUUCGCGAGCCCGCCACCGAAGAGCCGCCGGUGGUGUCCGAGGACCGGUCGAUCUCCGCGAGCUUGUCCACCGAGCUGGACCGGACCCGCAACGCAGUCUCAGAAACAAACACAUUCUUGGAAGAUCCAGAAUUUGCUGAUGUUGUACUGAAAGCAGAGCAAGCGAUAGAAAUUGGAGUUUUCCCAGAGAGGAUCUCUCAAGGGUCAAGUGGAAGUUACUUUGUGAAGGAUUCUAAAAGGACUAUAAUUGGUGUGUUUAAACCCAAAUCAGAAGAGCCUUAUGGUCAGCUGAACCCCAAGUGGACCAAGUAUGUCCACAAGGUUUGCUGUCCCUGCUGUUUCGGCCGAGGCUGCCUGCUUCCUAACCAGGGCUACCUUUCUGAAGCCGGUGCCUACCUGGUGGAUACCAAGCUUCAGCUGGGCAUUGUACCUAAAACAAAGGUGGUUUGGCUUGUCAGUGAGACAUUUAACUACAGUGCGAUUGACCGUGCAAAAUCAAGAGGCAAAAAGUAUGCCUUAGAGAAAGUACCAAAAGUAGGUAGAAAGUUCCAUCGGAUAGGACUUCCUCCUAAGAUUGGUUCCUUUCAGCUGUUUGUGAAAGAUUACAAGGAGGCUGAAUAUUGGCUUAGGAGGUUUGAAGCCGAGCCUUUGCCCGAGAACAUUAGAAAACAAUUUCAGUCACAGUUUGAAAGAUUAGUGAUUCUGGAUUACAUCAUCAGAAACACAGACAGGGGAAAUGAUAAUUGGCUAGUCAAAUAUGACGAGAUGAAAUAUGCAAAGAAAAUUGAAAGUGAGGAAUCAAACUGGAUCGAUGAUAAACAAUUGCUUAUUAGAAUAGCUGCAAUUGACAAUGGGCUAGCAUUUCCCUUCAAGCAUCCUGAUGAAUGGAGAGCAUGGAUUUUCUGUGUAGCCCUGGCUGUCCUGGAACUCCCUCUGUAGACGAGACUGGCCACAAACUCAGAGAUCCACCUGCCUCUGUCUCCCAAGUGCUGGAUUAGAAGCCUGAGUGAUCACCACCUGACUAUGGGAUAUUUUUGUUGUAUUUUAAAUUGUUCUUGAAUUUCUCCUCUUCCUCUUCUUCCUCCUCUUCUUCUUCCUCCUCUUCCUCUUCCUUCUCCUCUUCCUUCUUUACAAGAUUUCACCGUGUAGCCCUGGCUGGCCUGGAACUCACUCUAUAGGCAAGGCUGACCUUUAACUCAAGAGAUCCAUUUGCCUCUGCUUCUGGAGUGCUGGGAUUAAAAAUGGGUGCCCCACACCCAGCCAUUGUUAGCAUUUUCAUAGCAUCCCUUAGUACUGUUUUCCAGUGCACUGUGAUAUGAUGUAAGAAUACGACCUAUGUGAAUAUUUUUCACAUUGUUAGUAGUUUCUUCGUGAUUGUAAACAUGAUCAAUAUAAAGGACUUUAUUUGAAAUAAUAUGGGCACAAAGUUUCCUAUGUUUAUUCAUUAAAACUUGUUAGUUAUUAGUUCUAGAAUGCCCUCAACUUGUCUUUAACUUAGUUAGCUUUUGAGAGGCUAAAGGUGAUUUUUUUAAAUGAAUUUCUUCUUUUGACUUUUUGUUUUAUAUGCAAAAGACCCAGUGUUUAAUAUUCCUGGGUUCAUUUGUGUAAAAUGUAAUACACUUUAUUAUUCUCCGUGGGUUUGUAUUUUCUCCUGUUGUAAUGUUGCUGCAUCACCUUUCAUUUUGUCAGCAUUUACUGGUUGUUAUUCUCUACUUUUGUUUUUAAUGUCCACCAUUCUGUUUUAGGUAUAUGACAUAAGCAUCAGCUGGUUUCUUUUAACCCAGUCUGAGGCUUUAAUAGGUAGCUUAAAGUGUUGGUAAAUUUGAAGUUACCUAUUUUUUUUAAAUUUAACCUAAAUUCUAAUUUGUUUGCUUUACUUUCCCUGUGUUUUGUGGAACUUAUUCAAAAUGCCCUGUGGUUGCAGUUUGCAUUUUAUUUUUCCCACUAAUCACUUGAAACCUAUAUGCAAAUUGCUUUUUUAAAGUGGUAGGUUUGUAAAGUUCCCAUAAAACAUCUGGGAAGUUUUGCCAAACAUGCAGUUGGGGAUCAAGGGUCUGGAGCUUACAGAAGAAUUAGUAUUGAGGGUGUAGGGAUGUUUUAGCUGUCAUCUUCAUAGUGAAAGCCAUGGCUUUAUUUAUUGUCAUCCAGGGAAAUCAUGGAAAACAAAUACCAUUGCCUGAUACAAUGCCAGGACCAUAAAUACUCAAUAAAAGUUUGAUGAGUGCCCAGUGAAUGAAGGGAAAGGGGGACUAAUAGAGUCUUGGGAACAGUAACAUUAAAAGAAGGCAGAGAAAGCCAGCUGAAAGGGGGAGUACCUUCCUUACAAGACAGAAA